UACGAAAGCGAGGGGGUGUCUACACAUCGACAGACAGCUGUUGGAAAGAGGCAAAGGGGGAGGCUGAGCACACAUCGUUGAGGGGACAGCUUGCUAACUUUAUUCUUUUUAUUCGGGAAAGUGAAUGAAAGAAAAAGGCACAGUCUAUCCAAGAGAAAACCGAAUAAUCUAAGGAAAUUAAUUAUAUGUCAAGGCCAAUUGUGUUUCGUUGCUAGCCUGCAGAUCUGUUGGAGAUAAGGUCUCCACGAAGCACAGAACUGACAACAGCCGGGGAAAAUCGGGGGGUAGGGAGCUCAACGGUGAACCGGCGCCGGGGAGGCAGUUGAAGCGACCCGGUGCUGGAUGUGCUCGGCCUCCCUCUCCCCAGCGGCCUGCCAUGGGGGAGACUAAAAUUAUUUAUCACCUCAAUGACCAGGAAACACCAUACCUGGUCAAACUGCCCAUCGCAGCGGACAGGGUCACUCUUGCAGACUUCAAAAAUGUCCUCAAUAAACCCAACUAUAAAUUUUUCUUCAAAUCAAUGGACGAUGAUUUCGGGGUGGUAAAGGAGGAAAUCUCAGAUGACAAUGCCAAACUGCCGUGUUUCAACGGGCGCGUGGUAUCCUGGCUGGUGUCUGCGGACGGCUCCCACUCGGACGCGGGCUCUGUGUGUGCAGACAGCCAGGCCGAGCUGCCCCCACCUCUGGAGAGGACCGGCGGCAUCGGGGACUCCAGACCCCCCUCCUUCCACGCGAAUGCAGCAUGUGGCCAAGCCACUGUGGGCCAUGAGACGGAGGUAGAGUCUGUGGUUUCACCGCGGAAAGAGAGGGAGAAGGAGAGAGACCGCGAGAGAGAAAGACCUCGUAAGAAAGACUCGCACGACCAUGGAGCCCGUGUGAACGGCCACCUGCGGCCGGAGCGGAGGCCGGAGCUGGCGGGGUACGAGAGCUGCUCCACCCUCAUGAGCAGCGAGCUGGAGUCCACCAGCUUCUUCGACUCCGAGGACGACGAGUCCACCAGCCGGUUGAGCAGUUCCACGGAGAAGAGCAGCUCGUCCCGACUCAUGAGACGACAUCGCCGUCGCCGACGGAAACCUAAAACGGCACGCAUGGAAAGGUCAUCCUCGUUCAGCAGUAUCACAGACUCCACUAUGUCACUGAAUAUCAUCACUGUCACUUUAAACAUGGAGAAGUAUAACUUUCUUGGCAUCAGUAUCGUGGGGCAAAGCAAUGAGAGAGGCGAUGGGGGCAUCUACAUCGGGUCCAUCAUGAAGGGCGGGGCUGUGGCCGCUGAUGGGCGAAUCGAACCUGGAGACAUGCUGCUGCAGGUGAAUGACAUCAACUUUGAGAACAUGAGCAACGAUGACGCAGUGCGGGUGCUGAGGGAGGUGGUGCACAAGCCAGGCCCAAUCACUCUAACAGUGGCAAAGUGCUGGGACCCCAACCCCCGCAGCUGCUUCACACUGCCACGGAGUGAGCCGAUCCGGCCCAUUGACCCUGCUGCGUGGGUGUCCCACACCGCGGCCAUGACGGGGGCGUACCCAGUGUACGGUAUGAGCCCUUCAAUGAGCACCAUCACCUCCACCAGCUCCUCCAUCACCAGCUCCAUCCCUGAGACAGAGCGCUUCGACGAUAUCCACCUGUCCAUCCACAGCGAUAUGGCAACUGUCGCCAAGGCAAUGGCCUCGCCAGAGUCGGGACUUGAGGUGCGAGACAGGAUGUGGUUGAAGAUCACCAUCCCCAAUGCCUUCAUAGGCUCUGACGUGGUGGACUGGCUCUACCAUCGAGUGGAGGGCUUCACGGACCGUCGUGAGGCACGCAAGUACGCCAGCAACCUGCUGAAGGCCGGCUACAUCCGCCACACCGUCAACAAGAUCACCUUCUCUGAGCAGUGCUACUAUAUUUUUGGGGAUUUGUGUGGAAACAUGGCUAAUCUCUCCUUGCACGACCAUGAUGGCUCCAGUGGAGCUUCUGACCAGGACACCUUGGCCCCCCUGCCCCACACUGGUGUGUCCCCCUGGCCCCUGGCUUUCCCCUACCAGUAUCCCAUUCCUCACCCCUACAACCCCCAAACCCCGCACGAGCCACCCUACAACCAUACUGCAGGGGGAGGAAGUGCUGGCAGCCAACACAGUGAAGGGAGCAGUGGCUCGAAUCGCAGUGGGGGUGCUAAGAGGGAAGCCAAGGCUGGAGCCGGGGGGGCCGAGUCCAAAUCUGGUGGCAGCGGCAGCGAAUCUGAGCACAGGAGGGAGAAGGCCCCCAGCGAGCACUCUGCAGCGCCCCCUAGCGAACACAGCGUGCGCAGCACCCACAGCCUGCGCAGCACCCAUUCUGCCGCCCACAGCCUGGCGUACGGCCCCCCCGGCCUGCCCCCCCAGCCUCAGACACCCCCCGCCGUGCCCCUCGCUCCGCCCGGCUCCCCCCCCAGCCGCGACCUGGACUCCGUGCCCCCCGAGAUCGCAGCCUCGCGCCAGUCCUUCCGCAUGGCCAUGGGAAACCCCAGCGAGUUCUUUGUGGAUGUCAUGUGAUGUGUGUCAGGUGACCAGGGUGCCGAGUCUCACCGGAGGCAUUUGGAAGUCCUCUUGGUGCUGGCAGAAGGGAGGAUGUGAGGAAGGGAGGGAUGGACUGAGGGGGAGGGGUGAGAAGGAGACAUGCUGCUGGUUGGUCACAAGAGUAACAUUUCCUUUCCUUCUCUGUGGUGUGUUGAUGCCUGCUACUUUCUUCAGUGAAGAAGACCAAAAUCAAAGUGUCUCUCUAGUUCCCCUUUCCCCAGAAGACAGUUUGCUUGUGACAGGUGGUUGGUGCGAGAGAACGCAGAGAACACAGGUAGAAGCGUUUUCCUGUCUCUCCUGUGCCCUCUCUCCUGUCCUUAUGUACCGCCAGACUCUUUGUUUUAUUUUCUUAUGCUUGUUUUCCCCACAAAGCGUACAAAGAGGAAGAGAGGGGUUAGGAGUGGAACCCACUUCCUGUGACAUUCAUCAAGAACAAAUUACUAAUUCCAUAAUGAAUGAUUUAUCAAAAAUAACCUAAAUGAGAGAGAAAUUUCUUCUUCAUGUAUUUUUAUUUUAUUUGUCGGUGAAGAAAAAUUGAGAGAGAGAGAAAAAAGAGAAAGUGUGAGAUGAAAAGCAAAUGUAGAGAAAGAGAGAGAUUGAUCUAUCACAGAUGUUGGACUCCUGUACUCCUGAGGAUGCCUGGAUCAGUGAGGGAGUGAGUGAGAGUAUGAGUGAGUGAGAGCGUGAGGGAGUGUGAGAGUGUGAGAGUGUGAGAGUGUGAGAGUGUGAGAGUGUGCAUGUGUGUAAGGACAGCUUUCAUGGAACUAUAACCAAGCUGCUGCUGGCCUGUAUGUACUUACAAGCUAUUUGUGAGCGCUGUGAACUGCUUUUGCCAUCCUGAGCUCUACAUUGGAAAGAAUGCUACUGGAUACAGACUGAGAUUCGGCCUUUAACAGGUACAAGUGAAGGUAUACAUUUCAUAUAAACGUUCUGAGCACCACGGUGAAUACAGAGCGUUGUCUUAUUCUUCUUUUCUAAAAAUGUAGCAUGUCCUCCUCUGCUCUAACUUUCUGCGGUGGCUGCCAUGGCAACAGCAGCAUAGAAGGGAUUUUGGAAUGUAUGGAGUUCAACCAUUUUUGUCUGGCAGAAGACAGGGUGUCCAGGGGCUUACUUGGACACAGCAGUGAACAGAUCCACUGAUCCACGUGCAAACAGACGUGUGCACACAGUAACACACUCGUGCACACGGGCUCACGCACAUGCGCACAGUGGAGCAGUUGUGAAAGUGUGGGAUGAACGGCCUUGAGCAAGUCCAGUGCCCCAUCUCUCUCUCAAUGUUUAAAUCUGUUUCUGCAAACGAAUAUGGUCUUCAAUAUUUUGCCAUUAACAUCCUGUAUAUUUAUAGUUUGUCUCAUUUCAACAUUAACCCUAUCUUGCUCCUUUUUAUAUUUUCCUUUGUUCAUCUGUUCUUUUAUGGAUAAUUAGCGAAUGCUAAUGUAGUGAUAUAUGAUCCAGUUUCAUACAUGCUGUGCUGUAUGCUGUUUUAUGAAAAAGAAUAGUUUUAUUUAUAAACAUAGUUUUAUUGACAAAAUGUGGGAAUCAUGGUGUGAUCUCGUGAAGAAUGUGGAAUGAAUUUGCAUUGCAGGGCUAAAGGAGGCAUUUAAUCACAAUUUAUUUUCUGGACUGUACAUACGGAUAAGCUGCGUUGGCUACCACAGACAACCUGGUUUUAAAAAAUAAUAAUUUUCUGAAAAAUG